GAAAAUUGAAGUAAAUCAUAAAUUAUCCAUAAAUAACAUAUUAAUUGAAGGCUUCUUCCUUUCAAUUAAGUUUCUUCAUUCUCCACUCGAUAACACAAACUUCAUUCUACACAAUUAGAAAGAAAAAAUUAGACAUGUCUCCACAAACAUAAAUAAGAUUAGUUGUUUAAAAUAUUAAAUAUACCGAGAAAAUUAAUUAUAUGUGUGGGCGGGUACCCACGGGUCGGGUUUACCUAAACCCAAACCCAACCCAACCCGGUGAAUAGUGAACGGGUUUAAACCCAAACCCGACCCAAAACCCGUCAACACGGAUUUUACCCGCGUUGACCGGGUUGGGUCAGGUGGGUACCCGUGGGUUCGGGUUUGGUUGCCAUCCCUAGCUAUUAGCCUACUUAUUUUCACGUGCACCUCGCCGCAUUUUAUCAGCCCACCUACUUCUUACAUGGCGUUCAUUUUUCACAACACUACCGUUUCCACUUCACUUGUUUUUCCCCUUUCCCCCACAUUUCUCCUCCGCUCCGCCACACGCCGCCGCUUCUCCCUCCUCCACUAUGCAAUCAACAUUCGUCUCCCUGCCAUGCCCUCUCUCAUCGCCCGCCACGCGGCUCCGCCGUCCCGCCGACGUUCGGAUCACAGCCCAAUCCCCUCCCGCCGUCGCCUCGCCGCCGUCACGGUCACCAGCCGCCGUGACCCAGAAGCUCAACAAGUACAGCGCCCAGGUGACGGAACCCAAGUCGCAGGGCGGGUCCCAGGCCAUCCUCCAUGGAGUGGGUCUCUCCGACGAAGACCUGACCAAGCCCCAGGUGGGUAUCUCGUCGGUUUGGUACGAAGGGAAUACCUGUAACAUGCACUUGCUGAAGCUCUCCGAGGCAGUGAAGCAAGGGGUUCAGGAGGCUGGAUUGGUUGGGUUCAGGUUUAAUACGAUCGGCGUGAGCGAUGCCAUCUCGAUGGGGACGAGAGGGAUGUGUUACAGCUUGCAGAGCAGGGACUUGAUCGCGGAUAGCAUCGAGACCGUCAUGAGUGCGCAGUGGUACGAUGGGAAUAUCUCCAUUCCUGGCUGUGACAAGAAUAUGCCAGGUACAAUUAUUGCAAUGGGAAGGCUUAAUAGGCCUAGUAUCAUGGUGUAUGGUGGAUCUAUAAAGCCUGGCCAUUUCAAUGGUCAUACCUACGACAUAGUAUCUGCAUUUCAGGUUUAUGGUGAAUAUGUUAGUGGAGCUAUAAGUGACGACCAGAGGAAAGAAGUAUUGCGGAAUUCCUGUCCUGGUGCUGGUGCCUGUGGUGGAAUGUAUACCGCCAAUACAAUGGCUUCGGCUAUUGAAGCCAUGGGAAUGUCUCUUCCAUACAGCUCUUCACUCCCUGCUGAAAGUGAUUUGAAGCUGGAUGAAUGUCGGUUGGCUGGAAAAUACCUUUUAGAUUUACUUAAGAUGGACCUGAAACCGCGGGACAUCAUAACUCCUGCCUCACUACGUAAUGCAAUGGUUACUGUCAUGGCACUAGGUGGAUCUACCAAUGCCGUGUUGCAUUUGAUUGCGAUUGCAAGGUCUGUUGGUUUGGAGCUGACACUGGAUGACUUCCAAAAGGUCAGUGAUCAGGUUCCAUUCCUUGCUGAUCUGAAACCCAGUGGGAAAUAUGUUAUGGAGGAUCUCCACAAGAUUGGAGGAACACCUGCGGUACUCCGCUAUCUCUUGGAACUGGGCUUUUUGGAUGCAGAUUGCUUGACUGUGACUGGAAAGACGUUGGCUGAAAAUCUGAAACCCUGUCCUCCUUUGUCAGAGGGUCAGGAAAUCAUAAGAUCUGCUGACAACCCCAUCAAGAAGACAGGUCACCUCCAAGUAUUACGUGGAAACCUUGCACCAGAUGGUUCGGUAGCAAAAAUUACAGGAAAAGAAGGGCUUUAUUUCUCUGGUCCCGCACUCGUGUUCGAAGGGGAAGAAUCUAUGAUGAAGGCUAUCUCUGAGGAUCCUAUGAGCUUUAAAGGGAAAGUGGUGGUCAUUAGAGGAGAGGGACCCAAGGGUGGUCCUGGCAUGCCAGAAAUGCUAACACCAACUAGUGCAAUAAUGGGAGCUGGUCUUGGGAAGGAUUGUGCAUUAUUAACUGACGGGAGAUUUUCGGGUGGUUCACAUGGAUUUGUCGUCGGCCACAUAUGCCCUGAAGCACAGGAAGGUGGUCCCAUUGGUCUUGUUAGAAACGGAGACGUAAUCACAAUCGAUGUGAAAGAGAGGAGAAUAGAUGUUGAAGUUACCGACGAGGAGAUGGAACAGAGGAGAGAGACUUGGACACCGCCCCCGUACAAGGCUACCUCUGGGGUUCUCUACAAGUACAUCAAGAACGUCCAGUCAGCUGCCAGAGGGUGCGUGACAGACGAGUAAUAUGAGUCGAGAUAACAUGACAUAGUUCUCAGCAACUAGAUACGACAUGGUAGGCUCCCAAAAUUCCUGAUUGCGGUACUGAUAUGCUUCCUGCAGCUUCAUCACCACCGGUUGUUUCUACCUUGAGAAAAUCAAAUGCGGCUAUGGAAAUUUUGGUUUAGGUUGAGUAUGGAAUCCUUGUGCCUGGUUUCAGUGUUGUUAAAUUCCUAGUUUGGUGCCUGUUCGAUGAACUGUGUUUCCUAAGUUGUACAGAAUGAAAUAAUUUAAUUUGACUGGU